CUCCAUCUCUAUCACAAUCUGUGUUUAUGUGAAUCUUUUGUGCUUAAAGUGGCCAAUGCCGUUGGCCAAAUUUCUUUAGAAGUUCCACUCUUUUUCUUGUUUAUAGAGUAUCUCAAUCUUUUCAUACUCUCUCCUUCUAUCUUUUCUUACUCGCUCCAUCUCUUUAUAUUCUGCAGGUACAAAAUAGAGUCAUGUCGGUGGAAAUGCGGGUUCUUUCUGUGAAGUGAUCGCGCCGGAGUUUCGAUAUAGUACAUUGUUCAGUCUGCCUCAUUUUCCCAGAUAAAGACUAGGAGGAAAGAAAGUUAUGGCUAAUCAGGAUGAAGGGUGGCCUUUGGGAUUGCGACCGCUUAAUGCAAGGGUUGGGUUGAUGAGAAGCCGAGAUUUCUCUGCCGGUUCGGCUUCGUUUAGUACUUUGGUCACUGGCUCUCCUACUUUUACUGCUUCUUCAGAUCUUGAUACAGAGUCAACUGGGUCUUCAUUCCAUGACAAUGGCAUCACACUAGGGAGCCUCAUUGGAGUAUCUAGCAUUUUCGACCUCUCUCGAAGAUCCAGCAUGGGAAGAAGGACAAUAGAAGCCUCGAAAAACAAGAAGAGUUGCAAAUACAAGCAUUGGUUGUUUUCACUCUGCUUUAAGCUGACCCCUGAAGCUGUGGAUACGAGUAAUACUCCUUCUCUAGGUCACUUUCUUGAGGUGGAAAGAAGAGGAAGUACCAACAUUAACAGAAGAAAUCACAGUCCAAGACCAAUCGAAUAUGGACCUGACGAUUUCUCACCUGCUGUGGCGAUUUCAGACGCCAACAGCCUAUUUGUGGAUGGUGUAGUUGCAGCUGCUCAGGCUUCAAGUGCUUCAGAAAGUGCAGAUAAUGGUGGAACAAGAUCUAACAAUAGAGAGUUAGUAGAAUAUGGAAACGGAUUCAGAACCCCAUUGCUGGUUUCAUGUAUGUGUGGACAACUCAUUAAAUGAAGACCGCUCAAUGGAUUUUUUUUUUUUCCUCAUUAGUACUGGAUUUCUCAUUUCAUGUAUUGAAAUUCAUCUGACAUAAUGUUUAAACUUUA